CCUGCUAACCUGCUCCUCCUCGCGGCAGUGGCUGAUGUGGAGUGCGGGGUGACUGAUCCUAGCAUUGGGAGUGGUAACCGUAAGCCACGCAUCAAGCAGGGCACAGACGCCACGCACGGGGAGUUUCCUUGGAUACUGUCUGUGCGGGUGAAUGGCAGAGGAAGCGCGCAUUACUGUGGCGGCGUGCUGGUACAUAAGAGAUUUGCCCUCACUGCGGCUCACUGUGUUUAUACCAACAGGGACUCACCUCAUCGCGUGGCGGUGGCGGCAGGAGACCACGACCGUUUUGACGACACCAACACCUUCAAACAAGUCAUCGAGGCCAAGGAGAUCAUAGUACACUCAAACUUCUCCAUGGGAUACAUCAAUGACAUCGCGCUGCUGGUGUUGGCUAAGGACGCACAGUGGAGCCCUUACGUCAGGCCAGUUUGUCUCCCUGAUGCCAAGGCUGACGGAAUGAAGGACGCCAUGAACGUGAUAGUGGCUGGCUGGGGCAGAAAGGACGAGGCUGUUAACGGAGGGAUCGAGCAUGCGAGGGUGCUGCAGAAGGUGGAGGUGCGUGUGAUGCCCCUCGCCCAGUGUGAGCAGUGGUACAACGAGGUGUACAGCCCAAUGCCUUUCUACAAGUCACACCUCUGCGCUGGAUACAAGGCUGGGGGCAAGGACGCCUGUCAGGGUGACAGCGGCGGCCCCCUCGUCAGCCCAGCAGAUGCCUCCACGCCCAGGACAUGCGUGGGGCUAGUGUCAGCAGGUCUGGGGUGUGGCAGGCCGAAAAUGCCGGGUUUGUACACGCGCGUGGAUUGGUUCGUGGACUGGAUACUGGAAAACAUGCGAUCCAGAGGAAUUAAGGUGUAGUGUGUCAGGUGUUGCAGUCUUUGUAACACCUUGGGCACCGUUGGAUUAAGUUAAAGGGAGUUGGAUUGUGUUAAAUUAGAGUUGGAUUGUGUUAAAAAGAGUUGGAUUGCUUUAAAAUAGAGUUGGAUUGUGUUAAAGAAAGCUGGAUUGCUUUAAAUAAGAUUUGGAUUGUGUUAAAUUAGAGUUGAAUUGUGUUAAAGAGAAUUGGAUUGUCUUAAAUUAGAGUUGAAUUGUGUUAAGAGAGAUGGAUUGUGUUAAAUUAGAGUUAGAUUGUGUUAAAGAGAAUUGGAUUGCCUUAAAUUAGAGUUGGAGUGUGUUAAAAUAGUUUGACUCGAAGGAUGUGAUAUUAAACUCUUAGUGUGUGUUGUAUGAGGUGCGUGAAUCCUUUUAACACCCUACACAGCCUCGGAUUCUGCUAAUAAAAGACAUAGAAUAAGCUAACGUAAAGAUGAGUAGCAGGCAAAGACGAUUGUAUGUCCAGCAGUGGGUGUGGAAUUGAAUGCCUUUGUAUAGGUUCCCACUUUUAUGUACAAUUUAUUUCGUGUUCUUGCUUAUAUUUUUCUAUUCUUGACUUAUCUUCUUUUGUCUUACUUAUUUUCAUCAUAUAUUUUCAUUUUUUUUCAACUUCUUCCACCGACAAUGGUCUGAACACUAAUGUAUUUUCAACCAUAUGUAAAAAAAUGUAUAUACGAGUGUAGAAAGACA